UGUGCGGUGCGGGGAGCAGACCCGCCCUCUGUUCCCAGUCAGUAACUCCCAGCCUGUCGGAGCGGUACAGCGUCCCCAGCUCUCCCUGACCGGCCUCAGUGGGUUCAGUGCUGGCGAGCGGAAUAUGUGGACUGGAGUCUCUGGGACACAUAGCUGCACCGAUGAUGACACAAUGUGUGCUUCCAUAUAAUCAGCAGGAGCUGUGCUCGUAAAGUGACCUCAUUGACGGUGUGUUUCGUGACUUGACCUCAAUCCCACGAUGGGUUCAUCUCCCAUAAGUGUCCUCACCUUCGUCCUGUUGCUGACUUCAACAGGAGGAGUGAAAGAGAAGGGACGGAAAAGUAAACGAACAUCGGUGCCUCAGAUAGACUGUGACAUCAGAGCAGGCAAGAUAAAGGUGUCUGAGUUUGUAGCCCGGUGCCCACCAGGAUGUCUGGGCUCGAAGCAGGCCGUGUGGGGCACUGAUAUCUACGCCUCCAUUUCCAGUGUGUGUGGAGCAGCUAUUCACAGUGGUGUCAUCGACAACAGCGGAGGGAAAAUUCACGUGCGGAAGGUGCCCAGCAGCUCCAGUUUCAAAGGGACUUUCUCCUAUGGUGUUCGAUCCCUGUCACUCCCCAGGUGGAGAGAGUCUUUCGUAGUGUCAGGCCCCAAACAACAGAAAGGAGUGACAUAUCCAUCAAUUCUUGAAUUUCUUCCUUCGAGAACCUCAAGAAUUAGGACAGGGAAGCUGAAGACGACCAAGACACCACCCACUACUACAGCCACAACUCUCAAACCAACCAGCAGCAAGAGUCCCACACAGCAACCUCUGCAUGUUGCACAUGACGUCACUACCAGCAAAAUCCCUGAGCCAAGGACCUUCAUGUUAAGCAGCCCCUCACAGCAGCCUGCUCGCUCUCAGCCGAUGAGGGAUGAAGCAUUCCGAGGAUUUCCCGCAUCCGACUUCACCAGCAGGAACUACCCUCCACCACGUGCAGGAGUCCACCGCCAGGAGCCAGCCAUCACAUUGCACAGGACGGGCAGUUUGGGUGCUAGUUUCGGUAUGUUCGGUCCAGACACUUUCAAAACACGCUGGACAACUUGCUUCUGCUCCGCCAGAGCUAACGGUGAGCUCGUGACUGACCCUGCAUACGCCUGGACAGACACCGAGACCAAUAACAAACCAGGUUACAACUCCAAGUCUGGAUUAUUGGACUACGGGAAAUGGGUUCUCAGCCAUGGGGAAAGCAGUCACAGAGCCCAGGAUCCCGUUUUGUGGAAGUUGGACUCUUUAGCCCCUGGUCAAAGACAUGGGCAGAGAGGGAGCCAACUGUGGGGAUCUAGCCCAGAAUCAUUCGAGACACAAAGUCAGAAUACAGAUGAAACAAUGAUUAAUUUUUGGAAACCUGACUUUGACAGAGAGGGCUUCAGCAGAAAGGACCAAGACAUCAUUGAGGACCCAAUUUCGCAAGGAGAUCCAAAUUGCAAGAUUGACCUUGCGUUCCUGAUGGAUGGAAGUUGGAGCAUUGGAAGGCGGAGGUUUCGUAUUCAGAAGAGUUUCCUGAUGAAGAUUGCUCAAGCCCUUGACAUUGGAAUAGCAGGUCCAUUGAUUGGCAUCGUUCAGUUUGGGAAUAAUGCUAGCACGGAGUUCAACCUCCAGACUUACCGAAACUCAGAUGAUCUUCAAAAUGCCAUUGAGAAGAUUCCACAGCGAGGUGGUGUCUCCAACGUGGGGAGAGCGCUCAGUCACACCCUUGGGAACUUCUUUUCCGAGCAGCAGGGGAAUCGUGGAGGAGCGCCCAAUGUGGUGGUGGUCCUGGUUGAUGGGUGGCCCACGGACAAGGUGGAAGAAGCUGCCCGCCUCGCCCGUGAGUCCGGCAUCAACAUCUUCUUCAUCACAGUGGAAGGUGCAGACCAGAGCGAGAGGCAGGACUUGGUCGAGAGAGACUUCGUGGACAAGGCUGUGUGCAGGACAAAUGGCUACUUCUCCAUCAAUGUGCCCAGCUGGUUUAGGCUGUACCAGGCGGUGGGCCCAUUGGUAAAACGGGUAUGUGAUACCGAACUGCUGGCCUGCAGCAAGACCUGCCUCAACUCGGCUGACAUUGGCUUUGUAGUGGACGGUUCGAGCAGUGUGGGCACCGGCAACUUCCGCACUGUCCUGCAGUUUGUGGCCAACAUUAGCCGGGAGUUUGAGAUUUCUGACACAGCGACACGGGUAGGAGUGGUGCAGUACACUUACGAGCAGAGACUCGAGUUUGGCUUCGACAAGCACAGCGCCAAAGAGGCCCUAACCACUGCCAUCAAGGACAUCAGGUACUGGAGCGGUGGCACCAGUACAGGAGAAGCUGUCAGCUAUGCAUUAAAGCAUCUAUUCAGCAAUUCCAAACCCAACAAAAGGAAACUCAUGAUUGUCAUCACUGAUGGACGGUCUUAUGAUGAUGUGCGGGAACCAGCACGUGCGGCUCACAGCAACGGUGUGAUUGCAUAUGCUGUAGGCAUUGCCUGGGCAGCGAUGGAUGAGCUGGAGUACAUUGCAUCAGACCCCAAGAAGGACCAUUCCUUCUUUGUUGAUGAGUUUGACAACUUAUUUCAAUUCGUUUCCCGGAUUGUGCACAAUAUCUGUCAAGAAUUCAAUUCUCAGCCUCGUAACUGAGAAAACUCCACCUCUCCCCCUAACAGAUGGAGAGACUGUAGGCACUGCUCAACAUAAACUGUUUAAAAGGCAAGCUUCAAUCUACCCAGUGAAAGGGACAGACUUGGUUCCUUAUUUUCAUGCAGACACCAAACUUUAGAGGCAGUUAGAUAUGAAGCUCUGAUGGCAUGCAGUUACUGAUCCCUCUGCACUUACUGUUCUCGCUGCCCGUUUAAUUCCUUGCAACAGUCCUGAAUUUCCCUGGAGGGGUCCCAACCCCUUGUAGAGUAGUUUCCCAAGGUUAUCCUCCCAAAUCAUGGAGAUGGGUGAUGAUGAAUUCAACAGUACCCACAAGCAUCUUUCUCCUUCCUUAGACUUAUUAUUAGGAGCAAGAAGACAAGUAUACCUGUACCAGGAGAAUAACAACAAAAUGACUGUAAGGAAAUCUACUGCUUUGAGAAGAGAUAAUCAAAUCUGUCCUUGGUCGAGGGUGAGGUUUGGGGGGAGGAAGUUGUUG